UACUCUUUGUCUUAAAGAUGUCAAUUCAUUGUGCAGGGCAAGAGUGUUCUUGAGCCUUUUGAGAAUGAAAACUACCUCGACACUUUGGAGCUCAAGAAAGAAAGCGAAGGCUGUUGGAGAUGAUGAUACCUCUAGGGAGUUUGUGCUUGGUCGUUGUUGUUGGGAUACUUCGGUCUCAAAAGUGUUUAGGAAGCCGGAGUUGAGUUUAGCCGGGGUUAAACCUAGUAACAACAAGAAGAUACUUGAGAAUGUAAAAAGAAGUGUAAGAAGCAGCGUUCGUGCCAAUCGUGCUCUGACUCCCUCUGAGCUGAAGAGGAUUUUUGGGGCAAAGUUAUACAACAUUUGCUGCACAAAAGGAGUUCAUACUUCUUUUUCUUGUUCGUUUGAAAGGUUCCAGAAAGAAGAUGGUGAUCCCAUUUACCACAACCAGUUUUUGGGUUGGAGAUCUCCUAAUAGGUCUCCCAACUGGAUAGAGGGAGUUACAAGAGUUGACAUGAAAUGGGUUGAACUUUCAGAGGAAGAUAAGAAGAAAGUUGGUGAACCUAUCCAUUCAAAACAAGAAGAUAAAGUGGUAGGAGAUGUUCUAGACCAAGAGGGACAUCAAAUAUGCGCGGCUUAUGUUUGUGUCAAUCUAGUGAGCUCGGUGAGAGUCAUAAAAGGUUGGGAUGACAAAUUUGUGAAUUUAAGCGUCAAAGAGUUGUGUUUUAAUACAUCUCCUAGUGACUGCUCACAUCAAGCUUCAGAGGGACACAAGUGACAUACUCAGCUACUAACAGCUGACCUCAAUUAUA